GCAAGAUGAGCCUUCUGGAUCACUAAAGAAUACUGCAGGCAUUUCAUGGUGUUUAUCACACUACCAUCUAUUUAACCAGUCACCUUGUCCAAGGUGACUUGGAACAUCAAGUAAUGGUUGAGCAUCCAGAGCCCUAUUCUUAAAGAGAGAUAAGAACCUGACACACCUGUGGUGUGAUUCCCUCCAUGUGCCAUUAGGGUUUUCUCCUGCUAUGGUCUCUAACAUGAUCAGCAGUAACCUGACUUCUCCACACACAACUGCAAUGGAGAGAAAUCAAGGGUGGCAGGAAAGAGCACUGUCAACAGCUGUAAGACCAGUGUUCAUGGAACUCUCAAACAUUUUGAGCCACCCUGGACAGAUGAAGGUAUCAAAGCUUGGUUCAUAUGUGCAUUCUUCCUACAACUCGACUGACUUUCUAUUCUUCUUAAUAGAAAGCUCCUUUGCGAGCUCAGCCAAAGAGCUCGAAGUCUGCUUGCCCACCGGCUGUGGCUCACGCUGCUCCCCCCAGGUGCAUCCCGGUGCUCCAACAGGAGCCCCAAAAAGUAGUUCAGCAAGAGGAGCGCAUCCCCUCCUAUGCUGAUCCUUCAAUGAAGGAGAAGGAAGAGAAGGUGUGCAAUGCUUUCUCAGAUGUGCUGCUCCCUGUCCAGGACGUCGAUGAGGGGGAUGCUGACGUGCCACAGCUGUGUUCUGAAUAUGUGAAGGACAUCUACAUGUACCUGAGACAGCUUGAGGUGAGGCAGCCCAUCCGGCCAAACUACAUGCAGGGCUAUGAAAUAAACGAGCGCAUGCGUGCCCUCCUGGUCAACUGGCUCAUCCAGGUACACUGCAAGUUCCAGCUCCUGCAGGAGACUCUCUAUAUGACUGUUGCUGUCCUAGAUCGCUUCCUCCAGGUGCAGCCAGUAUCCCAACACCAGCUUCAGCUGGUCGGCGUAACGGCCAUGCUGAUAGCCUCAAAGUAUGAGGAGAUGUAUGCUCCUGAAGUUGCUGAUUUUGUGUACAUCUCAGACAACGCCUUCUCAAAGGCAGAGAUCUGGAAGAUGGAAGUCCUGAUGCUGAAGGACUUAAACUUUGACCUGGGCCGCCCCCUCCCCUUGCACUUCCUCAGAAGGGCCUCAAAGGCUGGCAGUGCUGAUGUGGAGAAGCACACCUUGGCUAAAUACUUAAUGGAGCUGACCCUGAUGGACUAUGAUAUGUUGCACUACCAACCUUCAGAAACUGCAGCAGCUGCCCUGUGUCUCUCCCAGCUGAUAAUUGAUGGACAGCAGUGGUCUGUAAUGCAAGAGCACUAUGCAGGCUAUAGUGAAGACCACCUCAAACCCAUCAUGCAGCACAUGACAAAGAAUGUGGUUAAGGUCAAUGAAGGUCUCACAAAGCAUGUUGCUGUGAGGAACAAGUAUGCCAGCAGCAAGCUAAUGAGGGUCAGUGUGCUUCCACAGCUGUGGUCACCCAGCCUGAGAAACUUGGCUGCCCCACUGCUUAUUGGGUCCUGAGGCUUUUUAAACCCCUUAACUUCACUUAAAUGAACAUGCUUUUA